GCCGAGGCGGCAACCACAGCAGCGACGACUCCCUCGGCCACGACGACAACGGGCUGAACGAACGCGGGAUGAUGAACGGGACGACGAUGAACGGGACGACGAUGAACGGGCCCAAACAGUCCAACGCGGGCCACUCCUCGGGCAACCUGAGCAACGAGCCGGACGCGGAGACUCGCCUGUCGGACGACUUUCGCAUGUACGAGUUCAAGGUUCGGCGGUGCUCUCGAACCCGCGCGCACGACUGGACCGAGUGCCCCUUCACCCACCCCGGCGAGAAGGCGAGGCGGCGGGACCCGCGGCGGUUCAACUACUGCGGCACGGCGUGCCCCGAGUUUCGGAAAGGGUCGUGCCCGCGGGGGGACGCCUGCGAGUUCGCGCACGGCGUCUUCGAGUGCUGGCUCCACCCCAGCCGGUACAGGACGCAGCUGUGCAAGGAUGGUUUGCAGUGCGCCCGGCGAGCGUGCUUCUUCGCGCACGCGUCGCACCAGCUGAGACCGCCGACGGAUGCGUUUGGCAACGUGCUCGCGGGGAUGGCCGGCGGCGGUAACAGGUCUGGAGUCGUCGAGGGCAUGAGCGGCGGGCACGGCGGCGCGUCUUACUGCCAGACGGUGCCCGUCCCCGGCGUGCACGUCAGCUCGGGCGGCGGGCUCGGAUAUUCCGGGCACGGCUCUGGGAACGGCUCCGGCUCGGGCUCCGGGAACGGCAGCUCGGGCGGGAGCGGCGGGAGCAACUCCCCGGGGGGUUCGCCCAGGGAUGGACUCGGCGGAGUUGGCGGCGGCGGGCGGAGCGCGAGGGGCUCCGACGACGGCAACGGCAACACCGGGAGCAGCGGCAACACCGCCGCCGCCGCGGGCUUCAACGCCUUUGGCAACGGCGGCCGCGACGGCUCUGGCGCCGGCUCUGGGACGUUUGAGCCGCCCAACGCCGUCGCGCCGGCUCCGCCGCCCCCGGCCAAGCCGCAGUGGGUGCCCACCGUGGAUCACAACGGGGACGUGCACCUCAACGGGGCUGGGAUCAAGGGUCCCAACGCGCCGGGGUCGCCCGGCCCACCGCGGGUCUCGUCCUUUCAGCACCUCGGCAUGAUCGAGGGGGUGCUGGGCGACGACCAAUUCUACGGGGCGUGAGUGUCGUUGACUGUCGGCGUGAAACCACACGCCAAAACGCACGCGCGCCUCUGCACAUAUGCACACACAUAUGCUGCUGCUGUACAUGGGGGUUACGAGGGCGGUGCGGUGCCGUUCCUCGAGUACAUAAUCACAUUGUUUGUGUGCUCGCCAAAGCUGCUGCGAGGUCGAAAUUGGAAUUCGACCUACAGGCGACGUUGACCUUAUUAAACAUGUUGACACCAUGCCAUCAUGGACGAUCUUAUUUGCACAUUGCCAUCAUUCUUUUCUUUU